CAACUUUCCGACUUUUGAGUUGAUAUAACUAGUAUAUAAACAAGAGAGCCUGAACUUCAAGCUUAUUUUGAAGCGUCCAAAACAACAUACAGCAUUAAUUCACUUUUGAAUUUGAAGCUCAAAAUGGGGAGAGCUCCAUGCUGUGAGAAAAUGGGGUUGAAGAAAGGGCCAUGGAGUCAAGAAGAAGAUCUAUUACUCAUCAAUUACAUCAACACCUAUGGCCAUGCCAAUUGGCGUGCUCUUCCCAAACAAGCUGGGUUGCUAAGGUGUGGAAAGAGUUGCAGACUUAGGUGGGCAAAUUACCUCAGACCAGACAUCAAACGGGGAAACUUUAGCAGAGAAGAAGAGGAUGAAAUCAUCAAUUUGCAUGAAUUGUUGGGAAACAGAUGGUCAGCUAUUGCAGCCAGACUACCAGGCCGAACAGACAAUGAAAUUAAAAACGUGUGGCACACCCACUUGAAGAAAAGGCUGCAGCCACAGACCAAACAAAAACAGACCAAUUUGGAUUUGGAUGCCUCCAAAUCCAACAAAGAUGCCAAAAAAGAACACCAAGAAGAUGAAGGGCCACGAUCUCCUCAGCAAUGUUCUUCUUCUAAUAGUGACAACAUGUCAUCCCUCACCAAUAGUAGCAGCAUUGCUCCUAGUACUAACCAUGAUGACAUGUCCAUAAAUGAUGUUCACAAUGUUAAUUUUGAUUCGCUGGAGAAUAGUCUUGCAUUGGAUGAGGAUUUCUGGUCGGAAGUUCUGUCAUCUGAUAAUUCCGGCGAGACAAGUGGUGUUGUUCCGGCUACAACAGGUGUUGAUUAUCAGUUGGCAUAUUGUGGAUGAAGAUGUACUUGGUUUUAUUCUUGGUGUUCUCAAUAGUCAGACAAAUCCAGGUUCAAUAAAUCAAACUUUUAUUCUCCUUAUCUCCAAGGUAAAAAGAGAGACAUAUAUGCAAGGCCGAUUUAGACCUAUUAGGUUAUGCAAUAUAAUGUGAUGUUUAGAUUGUUUACAAAGAUUAUACUAAUAGAAUUAAAUGUGUCCUAGCUGAUAUUAUUAGUGAAAAUCAAAGUGCAUGAGCUCCAAAUCAAUUUAUUACAGAAAA